UUACAGUGACUUCACUGUUCUCUCAAUGAAAUUAUUUCACUCCUCAAUCAUGUAAUGACACAUUAAAUAAAUAGAUCAAGCAUUACAAUGGCGAAAUAUCUGUCCUGUGGCACUCUUGAUCUAUAUACCAUUCCAGUCAACUUCUUUUUUCUUCCAUAAUUCCCUUUGGCGUGUAAUAAUGCCUUUCUCGUGUGCUGUUUUCUCUCACUGCCUUCCCAAAUCACCAAUUUAACAGCAUACAUUCACAAGACGGUUGAUUUGCUUGUCUUGUGUUAAAUCUCUUAACAGGAUUUGGGUUUUGAAGCUUACUGGGAUGUAACAAACAGAAACAGCUUUCUUUUUGGGAUGCCCCUUUGAUUUCUGGUUCUGGACACAAGCUGUAGGUGUUACUUCAACUGGAUUCUGGAUAGAUAUUAGAUACAGCUUGAAGUUAUGUCUGCUUAUGGCCAUCAAAUGGAGCAGAUGUAUUCUGCACGGAGUCUCUCAGGUGGUGGUUCUGAGUUGAGGAGGAGCAGUUUUGUGUUGGAAUCAGGAUUCUAUAUCACAUCCUUUGUCGCCACCAUCUUUGUUGCUGCAUUAGCCGCUGCAGGACUUCUAUUGAUUACUUUAUUGGUUUCACUUGCAAUGAUGCUGCAAUCUUGUCAAAGUAGCCAUGCUGGAAUCAUUGAGCUUCAGAAUAUAAAUGAUCAGUACAAUUAUUGCAAGGUUUAUUCUCUGCAUGUUAAGCUCAAUAACUUGGAAGGACAUAAUUUUCCUAGCCUCUGCAAGGACCUGGCUAUGAAGUAUAUCAAGGGAGGUCAAUAUGCUAGAGACUUGGAUUCAACCAAGUCUGUGAUUGAGGAUUACUUCAACAGUGUUAGACCAUCAGAUGAUGGUCUUGAUGUGGUGUUGAUAGACAUAGAUGGCAUCUUUCCACCAAAUCCCCAUUCUUCCAAUUUAUUUAAAAGCAUUAACAAUUUUGUAUUAGAGGCAAAGAAUUUAAAGAGGAUGCUUGUUUUAAGAUUAUACAUGAACCUUCAAGCUGGUGGGUGGUCCAUAAUUUUGUUAUCAAGAGAGCAUGGAACACGCCAAAAUGUCACCAUCAGUCAUCUUCUCUCCGCUGGAUUUAGAGAUUGGUCUUCCUUGAUGAUGAGUUUUUGCAGUGAAGAAGAUGAAGAAUCUACCAAAGGGAAUGAGUAUUUUUCUAGGCAAAGGAAUGUGAUACAGACGAAGGGCUUCCGCAUAAAAAGUAUCAUGAGCAGUCAAAUGGAUGCUUUGGCUGUUGCAGAUAGAGGAAUAAGAUUUGUUUUGCUUCCGGACCCUAUAUUUGACAAGUUUGAGCAGCAAAAGAGAGCAUAGAUGCUGGAUAUAUAAUUGAAUUUUUUGCUCACUAGUUUAAUUCUCUGCAUCUUCCAUUGUUCAUAUUAGGGAUGUUGUAAUCACAUGUCAUUGUCUGCCAAAGACAAGUAGGUAACAGAUUUGUUUUAAUUGAACAUAGCAUUACUGCUUCUUAGAUAAUUCUAUGACUCUUGGAUAUGCACAUGCAUGCAUGUGCCGCUUAUAAAAGAAUUUUACUAAAA